AUGUUGCUCAAUCCAAGUCGACCUUCCUCAUCAGAGUUGGUGGAACUUCAUGUUUUUUAUGUCCCUGAAGGAUCAUGGAACUAUAAGUUAAAUACUAUUUCAAUAGAAGUUAUUAACAAAUUUAUUUCUGCUGGAUUUAUAAGAGUGUCUCCUCAGCUUACUUUACAAGCCCUAAGGGAGCGCCUUGGUGAGUUUCUUGGUGAAGAUGCUGUUGCAGAAAAAUUUUUAUUUCUGAAAUGCAUCGGAAAUAAUUUAGCUGUGGUGAAGAAAAAGCAAGAAUCAGAACUGAAACUCGAAUCAUUUGCUCCUCCAUAUGCUCUCCAACCAGAAUUAUAUUUGCUUCCUGUAAUGGACCACUUGGGAAACAUUUAUUCACCAUCAUCUGUAGUUACUUUAGAGGAGCAGCAGGCUGAUAAUGAUGUUGCUAAGGUUGAUGUAACAAUCCACAGACCAGUUAGUGUAACUUUGUCAAAGGAAGAACUCGGAAGAGAGCCCAGUUCCUUAGAAAACACUUUGAAAGAUCUUAACAAAAGUCAGGAAGAAGCUGAGGGUAAAGGCUCCCCAAAAGAAAACCAGAUGGCAAAAAAUCACAUUGGAAAUUUUGAGUUUCCAGGAUCUUUGGAAGAUUCAAAUGAUGAUUAUAGCAACACAAAAAGUCAUUUACCUUGGAAAAACAAAGAUGAUACAACCAUCAGUAGAAGACAGGCCAGUGAGACAGGUGAAAAGGAGCGUGUCACCCUGCCAGACCUUAUUGAUUUUCCUUCAAUUCCUUUUCAACCUGUUCUUCCUUCAGGACUAACUGAUACCUCUUUAUUACAAAUUGAGAGAGAGAAGAUUAUUGAACAAAUGAAACAAGUAAAGGAAGAAAGAAGGUAUCUGGAAAAAGUUAGAGAAGAACUAAUUAAGAAAGUCGAAAAGCUAUUUGAGCAAAGCAAAUUGAAACGACAUCAUGCCUGUGAUAACUGGAAGAAAAAAUACUUUGAAACAAAGAAAAUCACUGCAUCAUUGGAGGAUGUUUUAACAAAACUUCGAGAAGAUUUGGAACUGUACUAUAAAAAAUUGCUUAUGCAACUUGAAGCCAGGGAGAUCAAGAUGAGACCAAAGAACUUAGCCAACAUCUCAGACUCUAAGAAUUACCUUAUAAUCCAGAUCACUGAGGUACAGCAUGCAAUUGACCAACUUAAGAGAAAAUUGGAUACUGAUAAAAUGAAACUCAUAAUAGAAGUUAAG